AUGAAGUUAACACAGAGUGUAAAUAGUGACUUUAUUCAAAAGCAAAUUCAAUCUUUAGAUCAAUCAAUCUUGGUUUCUGAUGAUAUGAUAGUUCAGAGUUACCAAUCUAGUGAUGCAUGUUUCUCAAUCGACAUUUCAAAGUGGAUUCAAAUUGAUGACAAUCAGGCAAGAAGCGAGGAGAAAAACCAUGAUCAGAGGCAGUUUCUAGACUCAAAGGAAACUAUACAAGAAUUGGAAGUUGCCAAAAGGCCGAGUUUUGAUAUUGGGAAAACAAGUCAGAAGGAAGAGCAAAGUGCGACGGUCUCAACUGGCAUAAGUUCUGUCGUCUGGACUGAAAUAGACAAUAAGAAACACAAAUGGAACGCAGCAGAUGAUAUGACACAAUUCAAGGAUCAGACAACAAACGUGGAAACUGUAAGAUUGAAGAGUUCAUUUUGGUCAAAAAUUUUCAUAUGCUUCUGA